AUGAAUUCCACUAUCGUAACCAAGGCCGCGCUCCCGUCGCGAUGGCUCUCGCCUGCCCAGAUAUACCGAAGACAAAAAUUGCGCGAGAGUCUACGAAAACGUGCACCGACAAGGACACUGGUCUACGCGGCCCGGAGACCAAGUGAAUGCACAGCAAAACCAUCGUGUGCACCGCAAGUCCAGAGAAGGUCUUUCCGUGCUACGCCCAACACUUUUGCGGCCGUACGUGACCCCUACAAGACACUUGGUGUGGCCAAGGGAGCUACUCCAGCAGAGAUCAAGAAAGCAUACUACGGCUUGGCGAAAAAAUAUCACCCCGAUACCAAUAAGGAUGCUGGCGCAAAGGACAAGUUUGGCGAAAUCCAAUCCGCAUACGAGAUAUUGUCAGACCCAAAGAAGAAGGAACAGUUUGAUCAAUUCGGCGCUGCAGGUUUCGACUCAAAUGGCGAGCCGCAAGCUGGUGGCUUUGGCGGCGGCGGCGGUUUCGGUGCCGGCGGUCCCUUCUCGGGCUUCAGUGGAGGAUUUGGCGGUCAGGGAGGCUUUGGCGCCAAUAUCAACCUCGACGACCUCUUUUCCCACUUCACCGGCGGGGCGAACCCCUUUGGCGGCGGUGGAGGCGGCCGACGUGGCAGGAGCCCUUUCCAGCAGGAGAUUCUGGUCGGAGAGAAUAUCGAGGUUCAAACCAGCAUAUCGUUUAUGGAGGCAGCGAAAGGCACACAGAAGACGAUCACGAUACACCCUACAGUUCCUUGCGGUACUUGUUCUGGAAGCGGCUUAAAGACUGGCACGAAACGAACCGAGUGCAAGUCCUGCGGCGGCACUGGAACAGAAAUGCACUUCUUGACUGGUGGUUUCCAGAUGGCGUCAACCUGUUCCUCGUGCAAGGGCUCGGGCCAGACCACACCCCGAGGGUCUGAGUGCCGGACAUGUAGCGGCAACGGAGUUGUACGGGACCGCAAGACUAUCACGGUGGAUAUCCCGGGAGGCAUCGAGGACGGAAUGCGGCUGAGAGUGGACGGCGAGGGCGACUCGCCCGCUCUUGGUGACGGAGCACCACCCAACGCUCGUACCGCCCGGGGAGAUUUGUAUGUCUUGGUUCGUGUGGCUGCCGACCCCAAGUUCAAGCGCAGCGGCUCCGACAUUCUCUAUACUGCAAGUCUUCCCCUGACGACAGCUCUGCUUGGUGGUGAGGUAGUGAUACCGACACUAGAUGGCGAGGUGGCGGUCAAGAUUAAUACCGGCACCAACACUGGAGACAAGAUUACCCUGGGCGGAAUGGGAAUGAAGAAGCUCAAUGGGCGUCGGGGCGGCUCUGGAGACCUGAAAGUCGAGUUCAGAGUGGCCAUGCCAAAGUACUUGUCGGCAAACCAGCGAACCAUUGUAGAAAUGCUGGCGGAUGAGAUGGGCGACAAGACGGCCAAGCGGAUUAUGAACGUCAAGAUGCCCGAUUCCAACCCGUCACCCAACCCUUCCAAAGACGAUGACCCUGCUUCACACAAGAAUGAGGGUUUCCUAAAGUCGAUCUGGCACAACUUGACCAAUCACCCUGCCCAUCAAAACCAGUCGGAGCAAAAGGCCUCCGGCUCCAACCAAAAGACUGACGGAGCCGCUGAGAAGAAAUCCGAUGAAGAGUCGAAGAAGGAGUCUGGUUCGGGCUCGGGCUAG